CUACUAUGCUAGAAAUGACCUGCACAUGCAAUAUGCGCGAGUGCUGAGUUGAUGAAUACGGUCCAGACAAGGUUCUGACAAGGCUGAGCUGACAUACAUGCCUCGGAUCCUUCUUUCCUCCUGCUGUCACUCCUGCAAGACCAAAAGCUGGAGCCUUGUGGGGUCCACGCACGCACAGGCCAAGCAAGGCUGAUAACACAAGUUAUUUCCUCCACAAUCCUCUUCCCAAACAUCAACACUAAACUCCAACAAUGACCUCAAACCACGACCCCUCAAUCCUCUCCCCAGACCGAACACUCCCACCCUCGAACCCCCCCUCUCAGAAAACCUUCCCCUUCCCCCGCGACUACCACUUCCCACCCUACUUCACGCGCCAACCGACCCUCACAACCCGGCAUGCUCAGCUGCAGAAAUGGUCCUCUCUCAUCCUCUCCUACUGUCGGUACCACAAGAUCUGGAAGCUCUCGCUCGCAGACGCCAUCGAGUCUGACUUAUUCUGGAACAAGAAGUUAGGGAAGCGGCUGAGUCGCGAGGAUGCGAGGGAGGUGCUGGAGUUUAUGAGGAAGGAGGGACGGAGUGAGGCGGUGGGUGGGAAGGAUGGAAGUGUGUUUUGGGUUUGGUGGAGGGAUCCGGAGGAGUGGGCUGGGUUGAUUGCUGAUUGGGUUGAUGAUACGGCGCAGAAGAAUACGGUGUUGACGUUAUAUGAGUUGACGGAGAGUGAGGCUACGCUUUCUCAGGACUUUCAUGGUAUGGAUCCUGAUCUAUUGCAGAAAGCUCUGAGUAUUUUAGUCAAGCGGGGCAAAGCUCAAGUCUUUGGGCAAGAGGAUCAGCAGGGUGUCAAGUUCUUUUGAAUGAUUUUAUAUACUGUACAAUGGUCACAAGAUGCAUUGGGAAGGAGUUUGAAAAUCAGGCGUAACUUGGCUAUUCUUAAAACCCAUCUAACGCCUAAACGCCGUUCGUUAUGGGCACCUCGCUGUCUUUUGACUCCCAAUCGCGUUCAGGGUAUGAUUACAUUUGACAAGUAGCCUCCAACGCUGAUAUAGAUACACC